UACAGGGACGGGCACUAUGUGCUUGUUAACUGUACUGGCUGUAUCGAAAGUAGCACAGACAGUAACCGGAGCUCAGAGUCCAGUCGGAUUACAGCAAGACUUUUUUUAUUCGUCACAGCUACAAAAUCACGCCGGCAGCAUUUUGUUUUUAAAUUGGGACACCUCGGUUCUGCUGGCAGGAGGGCUGUACUGCUAUGCAAAGCUGUUCAGAGGAGGGCAGUAACUUUGUUGAGCGCUGCAGUGCAGUGGGUAUAGCUGCUGUGCAGUUUGAGGAAUGCUGCUCUGCGUGUGUGACCGACACUGACUGGCUGUCAGUGGGCCUGGCUGUGGAAAUAAAUAGUGGUGUGUGCUCGAAUUUAAAACAUGUAUAGGGAAUUGGUCAUGCAUUUUCCUUUUCUGUUUCUCUUUAUUAACCAAAGGUUGAAAACACGGAACCAGAUGACCUCAGUGUAGCAAAGAGUGCAGUAGUGUUUCGUUUUUUUUUUUGUAUCGCGAGGCAAUAUAUGCAGCGUUAAAAACUUUCAUUUGUGCGCUUCGUGUUUUUAUUUUAUUAUUAUUACAGCUGUUUUUUUUUUUUAACAAAACAAGGAUAACCAAAGUAUACACAUAUUUGUUUAAAAAUCUGUUGCUGUUUGUGUUCUAGAUGUUUUAAUUUUUUUUAAAGAAGAUACUGUAUUAUGUUCAGAUAUGUCGCUCCUGGAAAGUGUCCUGGCAUGCUUAGCGCCGGGUGGCGUUGAUAUGCAAUGGUUUUGCUUGGCUACUCUCUUCGCUGCCUCCAUAGUGACAGUGCUGCUCUAUUUACUCCAGUACUCGGUUGGCAUUUUCCGGGUUCGGACCCCGAGUAGAACUUGUGGUGCUUUCCCUGAGUCGGAAGAAGCUGACCGGUUACUGAGCUGGGCGCUGUCGUUGAAGAACUGGAAAAGCCAGUGGCAGGAAGCGUGGUUUACUUCCAUUAACAAAGAAGCUAAACGGAUUGGGGGACCUUUGCAGCUCACAUUUCAAGAAUGCGGACUUCAACCAGCAGAACUGGCUGUCAGCCAGGUUUCCAGUUUCCGAAAGGUAGACGAGGACAAGAUUGUGUGCUGCCAAGUCGUCGGGGAAAGUGUGCAGUUUUCCCUUGGCGUGACUCGGAGGACAGCCGCCGCAGCAGCAGGACUGCAGAAGACGUACAGCAUUCAAAUCUCCCCCUUCAAACUACAGUUGGAGCUCAGGCUGCAUGAGGCGGAGCAGGAUAUUCAAGUCUCCUGGUCCCUUUCACGCCUGGAAGACUGGAACCUGCAGGUCACACCAAGGAAUAGAGAGGAGCUGCCUGAAGGAAAUCCAGAUAUCGCAGCUCUCAGAAAUACACUUGAAGAUAUCAUUUGUUCAGCCCGCCCAUCUGUGCUUCUGAGCACCAAACCUGCAGAUGGAAAAGAGGCCAAGGGUAUCCGAAAUGUGGGAUCAUCUUCUUCUCAGGUCACCUCUCCCCCCAAACCACCGCGGGCUCACGAUUGGAAACUACUAUUGAAGAAUAUAAAAGCCAUGUAUAACACUGGAGAUGAUGCUGCAGGCAGUAUUCAUCCAUACUUUGCAAUACAGCUGGAUGACCCUCCACAGCAGCUUUCAAGCCCUGUAAUAAAGAACACUACUACCCCUUCGUGGGACCAGCCUGUCAUGCUUGAGCUCAGUGCUAAAUCAAAGGAGUUAAAGAUACAGCUUCUGGAUGAGGGCAAGCCCCCAAAAAGUGCCAUGCUGGGUCUGGUUUCUGUGCCUUUGGAUCUGUUUAAGAGACAUCCUUCCGGGCUGCACACCUUUGCACUGAACAGCACCGACGCAGCGAGAGGGUCCGUCUCUGCUGAGUUCACGUACCUAGAGCCCAGUGAGCUGCGGUCAUGGCAGGCUCCCACCCCCGCCCCCACCAAGAAGGUGGAGAUGGACCGGACCGUCAUGCCGUGUGGGACAGUGGUGACCACGGUCACUGCAGUGAAAAGCAAGCCUGGGAGAUCUCCUUCGGCGCUCAGUGCAGAUUCUCCCAUGAAGAUUCCCUCUAGACUGAAACUGUCUGAAAGAAGCGUCUCUGAUCAAACUGGCCCCACAGGAGCCACAGUCAGCAAGGCCCUGUCCUCCUCUGAUACAGAGCUGCUGAUGCUGAACGGUACAGACCCGGUGGCAGAAGCAGCGAUUCGGCAGCUUCACGAGUCUGCCAAGCAGCGCCUGAGAUCUCCAGUGAAGAAGAGCACCAUCAUCAUCUCAGGGGUGGCAAAGUCUCCUAUAUCUCAGGACGAUGAAACGGCCCUCAUGAGGGGCUACGCUGCAGCGAUGGACGCCUCGAUGACCCAGGAGCCUCUCUGCGCUGCUCCAGAGGCCCCUCCCCUCGAGCUGGAGAUCCCAGAGCUACAGGAGGGUCCCAGCGGCAGCCCUGCCCGAGGGGGGGAGCUCAGCGCUGUCCAGGACCCCGACACCGAGACCCAGUCCCAACUCUCACUGUGCGUGUCCGAGUCUGGCACCGUCAAGAAAUCCAAAGGCGGGUUCUUGCACAAGAGCGCCAGGCUGUUCUUCCGACGCCGGCACCACCGGAAGGACCCGGGCAUGAGCCAGUCACACAACGACCUGGUGUACCUGGAGCAGCCCGUGGCUGUGGAGAAGGAGAGGAAGUCUGCUACCCUCAGCCGCAUCAUCAACAGGAAGCUGCUUCCCAGGAACAAGAGCAAGAGCAAAGUGAACGGAGCCAUGGGGGACCCCAGUGCAUGAUCACUGUGCAAAUACCCGUCCACGCAUUCACAUUGCCCCAGUGCAUGAUCACACAUUCACAUUGCCCCAGUGCAUGAUCAUCGUGCAAAUACCCGUCCACGCAUUCACAUUGCCCCAGUGCAUGAUCACUGUGUAAAUACCCGUCCACGCAUUCACAUUGCCCCAGUGCAUGAUCACACAUUCACAUUGCCCCAGUGCAUGAUCACUGUGUAAAUACCCGUCCACGCAUUCACAUUGCCCCAGUGCAUGAUCACUGUGUAAAUACCUGUCCACGCAUUCACAUUGCCCCAGUGCAUGAUCAUUGUGCAAAUACCUGUCCACGCAUUCACAUUGCCCCAGUGCAUGAUCACUGUGCAAAUACCUGUCCACGCAUUCACAUUGCUUUAGAACGCUUCAUGAAGAUGCAGUACUGUAUGCAGUUGAUCAGGCUGCUUUUACACACCGCACCAGCACUGGCACCGAAGGGAACACAGUCACAAGAUUAGUGCUAAUUGGGGUGUGUGAAACCAGCCACUGUUUAUUGAGUGUUGUUGUGGGUUGAGCAGAAAAAAAAAACAUAAAUUGUUUCAGCUCUAUAUGCAACAUGGAAAUGAAUUGGGAGGGCGUGUGUGUGCAAAGGUUUCUAUUACUUCAACACGUGUGCUCCUACAUUUACAAUUCAUGUUUAUUGACUAAGAAAAGGAAUUCUACAAAGUGGGAUUUGAAUUGAAGGGAAUGUCAUUGCUAGUCUGAUCUCGGAUGUGUGAUUGUGUGCGUAUGAUUGUCUGUGUCUGUGGUUUUGUGUGUGAUUGUUUUUUCAGAUGGGGAUGAAACAGACAUCUCAAGCUCACUCUUUAUUAAGAUGUCUAAUCUUUUUGACUACAACAAGUUUAUCAUGAGCCUAUUUAACCUCUAUUUAACCCCAGUUCUGAGGGAACCGUUUUGUGAAAGCUGGGUGUUUUCAUCAACUCAUGGCACCUGUGAUGUACAGUUUCUCUAUUUUCUCUGGAAUCAAAGAUUUAACCAUACGACAGCUCAGCCAAAGCAGAGACAAGUAUCCAAAGACUAAAGCAAAGUGAGAAUUGCCCUUAAAUAAAUUUGUGAGGUAAAACACUGAAUUGUAGCCAGAUCACAGCAUUAAUAACCCUUUUGCCAUUUUAAAUGAUGUUUUUGCAUCACAGAGCUGGGUUCAGUAACAGGCAGCUAGCUUGCUGAAGUUGCUUGUUUUACAUGCAUGCAAGGAGGUUAAAGUUAUUCAUUCUCCACACAUUAGAGAGCAGUAGUCUUUCUGAAAUACUCAACACUGGCAUGUGUAGCAAUCCUAAAAGAAACAUUUUCACUACAAGUCUUUCUGAAGACAUUGAGGAAGAGUUGUAGGCGAAACGUUUGUUUCAGUAUAACUCAAAACCAUUGAUGUUCUGCAUUAAAGGAUCCCUCUGUGUCGGGGUCCAGUAACAAUGACCAGUUUUGUCUUGCCAGUCGACUGCCUCACAGCUACACAGCUGCAUCAUCAUAAGUCGCACAUUUAUUUAAAGUUUUUUUGGUUGCUUUCUGUUUGUUAUUCCUGGUGCGCUAAAAUCCAUUUGGCAACAUAGGUGCAGAAGACGUGAUGCACUGUAUAAAACAUGCAGUAGUAUUGUGUAGCCUACAGCACACCCCAGCGUGUCCUUGUAUAGAUGUACACUUCUUACACAGUUACCGUGCUACUGCUGGUCUAAGAUUAGUGUGAGAGAGCGGUUUCUAAAGCACUGCUGGAAGAGAACCCCUAACAUUAAACUCCAGAACACACAGCGUGCAUCGUGGUGUCUGUGCAGAAGCCCAGCAGUUAGAAGCGCCUAACCUAACUUGCACAAAGCUCUAUUGUCUGGUUCCACAGACCCUGAUUCGCACAAAUACCGGACUCCCUAAUGGUGCCUCAGGUAAAGUAAUCCCAGAUUAGGGCUGAUCAGGGUCUGCGAGCCCAGCUGCAUGUCAUGUAUGGUUUUCAAAUUGCUUUGAACACUACAGUAGAACAGCCACAAGGGGCCGGUCAGUUCUGCGUUUGUUGCUUUUUUUGUUGUGAAUUUCCAAUGCAUUGUUUUUUAUUGUGCUUUUGCCAACAAAGCUUUAGACUAACAAAAGCAAACAAAUUGAAGCAAACUUUCUACAGCAGAGGACAUCAGUCCGUUCCCAUGGGCUCGUUGCAUUUACACCCAGACAUCAGUCCGUUCCCAUGGGCUCGUUGCAUUUACACCCAGACAUCAGUCCGUUCCCAUGGGCUCGUUGCAUUUACACCCAGACAUCAGUCCGUUCCCAUGGGCUCGUUGCAUUUACACCCAGACAUCAGUCCGUUCCCAUGGGCUCGUUGCAUUUACACCCAGACAUCAGUCCGUUCCCAUGGGCUCGUUGCAUUUACACCCAGACAUCAGUCCGUUCCCAUGGGCUCGUUGCAUUUACACCCAGACAUCAGUCCGUUCCCAUGGGCUCGUUGCAUUUACACCCAGACAUCAGUCCGUUCCCUUGGGCUCGUUGCAUUUACACCCAGACAUCAGUCCGUUCCCAUGGGCUCGUUGCAUUUACACCCAGACAUCAGUCCGUUCCCUUGGGCUCGUUGCAUUUACACCCAGACAUCAGUCCGUUCCCUUGGGCUCGUUGCAUUUACACCCAGACAUCAGUCCGUUCCCUUGGGCUCGUUGCAUUUACACCCAGACAUAAAGUCUGUACCCUACGCGUGUGUCUGUGUGUGUGUGUGUGUGUGUGGGUAGAAUAUUUAAAUUUUUAUGGUGACUUGCAACCCAUAAAGACAGCGGGUAGCUAUCCUAACUCCAUGCAACAUGCUGCUGUUUCUAAGCGUUAUUGUGGGAAUUCUUACAUUAACUUAAGACAUCCAGUUUGGUCUGGGUGUAAAACAGAAACACAAAUGCCAUCAGUCAUUGUAGAAAACAAAAACAAAUACUAAUAAAUAAAUAAAUAAAUAAAUAAAUAAAUAAGCAUUUCACAUAAAAACGACAUUGGCAUGGAUGACUGUAUUCGAAUUAGGAGGUGUAGUUUAUACACAAUACUUUAAUGAGAAGGAGUAAACUCUGUAUAAAAAGACUAAAGGGACCUGUGCACUUUGCACACUCUUAUGCAUCGAUGGUUAUCUCUCUCGAUCUAGUCUGAAGUAUCCAGAGCCACUCAGUGCUGAGAGGGGGGCUGUAUAAUAGUGAUGUUCACUGUCUGCUUCAGAUGCCUCUUAAAUGCUUACUUAGAAUGCAUUGCAACCUUUGUCGUUUAACUUUCUAACUAAAGGUAAAAAAAGGCUGUUUUCAUACUGUUCUGAGCCUAAUACAAGCCUACCUGAAAAAUGAAUAUAAAUUACCUGUAAUAAAUAUCACCUGUAAAUAAUGUAUCUGCUUACAAAUACUUGAUAUCUGAGACUGGCUUUGCUAUAUGAAAACUGACUGCUGCUGUGAAACGUUUCAGUGAACGCAGUGCAGGGAUUAUUAGGACUAAUCACCAUAUCAGGAUUGGAAUUUGGAGCAAUAAUAAAAUAUUGAAUAACACAA